AUGGUCGACAUGCAUGACCAGCGGCAGGUCAUGCUGUUCUCCUGCAUUUGUCAGGACGAUGGUGUCAAGCGAGCUCUCAAAGCACAUUGGGCUCGCGAAGACAAUCGCAACAACACCAGCCAGCCGGUGAUUCUCCCUGAUGCAAGACCGACUCAGUGGGCCGUGAAUGCGGUGAACCACAUGCUGUCGCCGCAUCCGCUGAAGUAUCAAUUCCGGAAAACGAAGAUGUGUGCUUACAACAAGAAGAAGAUGUGUGAAAUGGGUACAGACUGUCCCUUUGCGCACUCCAGAGGAGAGUUGCAGCCAAUGCCAGACUUGGCAAAGACCAAGAUGUGCUACAACUAUUUCCAGAGGAGAUGCGCGGAUGCCCACUGCAAAUUUGCGCACGGCUCUGCAGAGCUGCGGUCUGUGUGGACGCGGAUGCCCUGUGGCACGUGGCCAGUGGAAGAGGCUUCCAACUGGAGCUGGGAUCCUCUCGGCGAGGAGAUUCAGCCACCCUGGAGCACUUCUAGCAAGAGCCGCGAUAAAGGUGACGCCGCACUCUUCGAAACACUCCCCAGAGAAGGUAAAACACGAACAUCCAGUGACGAAGGGAACGUCAACGAUUUCGCACUGCGUGUUCGAAAUGGCUUCUUGGAAGUCAUGCAGGUUGAUACCGAUGACGAGGAAGACACUGGAAUGCAACAUUCAAUGAAGAGAUCCUUCAGCGACAGCCACAUCGCAACUCUCAAAGAGGCGAUGCACGAGGCAAGAGAUCUCUAA